AUGCCGACGCCGGCGAGGAUAAAACCCGAGUGUUCCAACUCCAAACCCGUCAAUAUAGACGUCGAAGACGCCAUGGAGACCUUUGCUUCCCUCUUCAUUUGCGAAAUAUGCUGCGAUGCGAAGCAAAUAAGAGACAAUUUCAUAAUCAAAGCUUGCAAACACUCCUACUACUCCGAUUGCAUUUCAAAAUUCGUAGCUUUGGAGCUCCAACAAAACGUCCCCCAAAUCAAUUGCCCUGUUUCUGGGUGCACGGGGGUGGUGGAGCCUCAUAACUGCUGCUCGAUUUUGCCGCCUCAAGUGUAUGAUCGUUGGGGGGACGCGUUAUGCGAGGCUUUGGUGUUGGCUUUUGAAAAAUUCUAUUGCCCCUUCAAGGAUUGCUUUGCGCUUCUCAUCGAUGAAAAGAUUGAAGUUGUGGAAUCUGAGUGCCCCGAAUGCCGCAGAUUGUUCUGCGCUAAGUGUAAGGUUCCAUGGCAUGCUGGCAUUGUUUGCUCUGAGUUUCAGAAGUUGCGUGAGAACGAGAGGGAGAAGGAGGAUAUACUGCUGCUGAAUAUCGCAAAUCAAAAGCAAUGGAUGAGGUGCCCUAAUUGCAGGGUGUAUGUUGAGAGAGUUUCUGGUUGCCCUUUCAUGAUGUGCAGGUGUAAGUGCACCUUCUGUUACAAGUGCGAAGCUCGUGGAACAGAUCACCAUUGUCUUAAUUGUGGCACUUAAAAUUUAGAAUCUCCUUUGUUAGAACGAAAUUGUUUGGUUGAGUGGAUAUUUGCUAAACUUGAAAAAAAAAAAAAAAAACUUCUACGCACCGAACGCAAAUCACAGUUGUCUGAUGCAGGGACGCAGGAUGGCAGUCUGAAGCUCCGGCAGUCCAGCGACGGCGACAACAACAAUAGAUCUGCCCCUG